CUUUAGUUGUUACAUUUUGGUAUCAUAUUUGCUGUAAUUUAAGGUUACAAAGCUAAACUCGGUUUUAUGGGUCAGCUAGCUGCUAUAACUUUGCAACAGUCACAUAAAGUACUAAUUUAGCUAACCCAGUCCGUUCUCUAUUAGCUAAACUCAGUGCAGUUGGACUCGGUUAACAGCUUGUGAGCCACUAACUGAUCGGCUGCAGUUUGUGAAAACACUAGCCAAAUUGUCCAGCAUGUCUGAGAUUGAUGAAUAUGCGGUCUUGUCGGAUGUAGAGGGAGAGGAAGAAACUUCUCAAGACGGAGCCGGAGCGGACGAGAAGGUACAGCUUUGCCAUUUGACCAAAGAAACCAUAAGUCAAGGGCUCUCAUUGCUGUGCCGAACAGGAAAUGGACUUGAACAUGCAUUUGUCAAAGUGGACCUAAGAGACAAAAGACUUUUUGACAUCGCUUUAAUCAGCAGUUAUACUCACCUACGUUUUGUGGAUGUAUCCAGCAACCAGCUUAUUGACCUUUCUCCUCUGGCAUCUCUGACACAGCUGCUCUGGCUGAAGGUUGACAAUAAUGCUGUGGCGAGCUUUAAAGGGCAACCCUUUGCUCAUUUGACCUACCUGCAGUGGCUGAGUAUGGCAGUGAACCGACUAACAGACCUGGACGGCCUAGUCGGGCCUGCCUUAGAAAGCCUCAAUCUUACAGGUAAUGGUAUUCAGAGAGUGAAUGGUCUUCAGAGUGGCUGUUUUGACAGCUUGGUAACUCUGGAACUGAGGGGAAACCACUUGGAUACCACUGAUGGCAUCAACCUUCCCAACCUGCGGCGAUUAUUUCUGGCCCAAAAUGUUAUCAAGCAUCUGGAGGGUUUAGAGAGGUUAGAGCGCCUCACCUUCCUUCACCUUCGAGACAACCAGCUAGAUUCUCUGGACGGCCUCAGCGCCAACAUGAAGUGUCUCCAAUACCUCAAUGUCAGAGGCAAUGCAAUCUCAGAAGAGAAUGCCCUGCAAAGCCUUGCGCUUGUGUCAAAAACUCUGAAAGCUUUGGUCCUUUCUCACAAUCCUCUGAUGGAAACGACAGACUACCGGCUUAGUGUACUGAUUCUCCUGCCACAGCUGGGGCGACUUGACAAAGAUCUAGUCUCCCCCGAGGAGUUGAGUGAAGCCCAGGAGAAGAUCAAGGAACUUAAAGAGGAAAUAUGAGCCUUAACAUAUGCAAUGAGGAAGUGUUUGACUUCCUUGAAAACAGGUUUAGGAUGUAUAGGUGGGUGAUACUGAUUGUGUUGAAAAGUAUUGUAGCCUAUAGGCUAUCUUGAGAAUCUUGUAGGAUGUAUGUUCGUUUCUGUAAAUGAGUAGCAUGCAUUAUGGUUGCUUGUGGCAUGUUCUUACACUAUUACAGCCUAUUUCAACAAUAAAAAUGUGAAAAUGUUUAUUUCUGUUGCAUCCAUUGACAUGUAAUAGUGAUGCAGAUAAUCAGCUGAAGUUACAAAGCAAUGUGUCAGUGACUGGGGAAUAAAA